AGAUGUGAAUACGAUGCUUUUGUCGCAGAUCUACAUCUUUGCAUCCUGAAAACAGAACAAACAAAUGCUCAACAUAUUUCAUCGACUACGGGGUGUCCUUACAAGCUUCAUACAUACAUGGGGAAGACACUGACAAUACGCCUGACUCUUUUGCUAUCACUAACCCUGGAUGUCCAAGCUGGGGGUCGUGAGGAGGGACUCCAAGACCAGAAUGCUCAGAAACACUCUGCAAAUACAAAAGCAAGUCGAUGCUCAUACACCUUCAUCAUUCCACAGCAGAAACUUUCAGGGGCUCUGUGUUUAAACACGCAGUUUGCCCGUACUAACCAGUCUGAGGUGGCCGCCCUGAGAGCCGAUCUCAGGCAGCAGCAGGAGCAGUUGGAAGAUCUCCGGAGUCAACUGGAACAAGAGCGGACGCUUGCCGUGGAGGUGAGAGCCCUCCGCAAGGACAGCAACAGCACGAAUGCUCGUAUCGCCCAGAUCUACUCCCAGCUGCUGCAGGAAGUGAUCCACAAAAAAGACCAGGAUUUGGAGCAGCGCAGGGUUGAGAAUCUCCUGCUAAACGCUACAACACAGGUACUGCAGGUAUCCAGCAAUUACAGAGAGUUGGAGAAGAAAUACGGAGCCCUCACCGCUAUGAUCAGCUCCCAGAACCAGUUUAUUGCAAGUCUGGAGAAGCAGUGCCAGUGCGGAGACUCUACACCUUCAUUCGUGGUGACUACGGAAUCAUCAAAAAAACAAUCAAACGCACGGCCUAAUUACACCUCAGACGCCAAUGUAAUGACCAGUAAUGUUCAAAGGGACCAGAGUGCAGCUCCGCCACAACAGGACAAGACAGCAGGAGUGAAUUCACUCCCCACAGCCACAGCCAACACGCCCACAGAGCUUCCUUUGAUCAGUUUUCCUACAACGAAGACUCCAGGGCCGUGGCGGGACUGCCAGCAUGUGCUGGAAUCAGGCGAGACCACCAGUGGGAUAUACCUGCUUCACCUGCAGAGCGCCAACAGACUCCUGCAGGCCUGGUGUGAGCAGAGUCAUGCUCUAGGAGGGUGGACAAUCAUCCAGAGGAGACAAGACGGAUCAGUAAACUUCUUCAGGACCUGGGAGCAAUAUAAGCAAGGCUUUGGGAACCUUAAUGGAGAAUAUUGGCUUGGCUUGGAACACCUCCACUGGCUCACUAAACAGGCUAAUUACAAGCUGCGGGUGGUUCUGGAAGACUGGCAGGGCCGGCAGGUUUUUGCAGAAUAUGACAGCUUCAGCGUGGAACCAGAGACUGAUGGGUACAGACUACGAUUAGGCCAGUACCAUGGCAAUGCUGGGGACUCCCUGUCAUGGCACAACAACAAGGCCUUUACCACUUUGGAUCGAGACAAGGACAGCUACUCAGGUAACUGCGCUCAUUACCAAAAAGGAGGCUGGUGGUAUCACAUGUGUGCCCAUUCCAAUCUGAAUGGUGUGUGGUAUCGAGGCGGGCACUAUCGCAGUCGCUACCAGGAUGGCGUCUACUGGGCAGAGUUUCACGGAGGAUCCUACUCGCUCAAGCGAGUGUCCAUGAUGAUUAAGCCCAUAUAACAUCUGGAUUGUU